AUGGUCUUUGGAUCGUCGCUGUCCCUCGGUCUCAUAGCGUGCGCCUCCACAAUCGAGUAUCUGACGAUUGACAUCGCCGGCGGCUUCCUUGCCGAUAUCGAGGGCACCAUCACCUUCCUUAAACUUCGCUACUUCCGACUUUGCACCGACCCCCUAUUCGGAGCCCUCCUGCUCGGCAGGCUCGUUCUACCCUACGCACUGGACUUGCAUCUCGAGCAGGUCGAGUCCUGGAGAGCGCGCUUUACCGCAAAGCACCCGGGAAUAUACGAGGUCCCCUUCUGGCCUUCCGAGUAUGCCCCGGAAUAUUUCGACUGCGAAUGGAGGCGGCCGCAGACGUUUGCUCAAGAUCUAGCACAGCCCCAUCGCACCCGUAUGAUCCACUGCGCCCACCCGGCAGAUCACCCAGCGAGCCCAGGCGACCCUGCCGAGCCGCUUUGGCAUAGCUCAACGAGGGUGAUGGGGCUAGACGUACGAAUUGAUCCAAACACCGCGCCCUCCAGCCCGGCGGCAGCUCGGUUCCCUGAGCUGAUCAGCGUCACUUUGGCGGCGUCAGUUGAUGAACUUCGACCGGUUUUGGAGGACCCGGUGGGCAGGGAUGCCGCUGGGAGUUUGGAGCUCAGCGAUAAGCUCAGCGCAAGGCGAUCCCUCACUUUUAGGGACAAUCAACUGCACGGGCCAGACCGCGAGCGCGACUUCAAUAGUCAGUAUCCGAAGGCCUUGUACGAUGCGGUCCAAUACGUGCUUGGCCUAGUCCCCGACGCGUGGGCGCCCACCUCCGAACAGCGAGUCAAGGAGUUUGUGUUCGCGAAGGAUAGCUGGCUUCCAGAUCGCUCUUUGGGAUACCAGCACAUCCUAGGGAGAUUCACCUCUCUAAGGGUGCUACAUUUCGACAGCCCUUUGCUUGCCCACGCAACGCGAUUCAAGCAGAACUUGGAGGGAUGCAUGGCCUUUGAGCAUCUCGAUGCCCUUGCGUUAGCUCUCAAUAUUGCAGGCACCGGCGGCGUUUAUCUUUGUCCAUUGUUGGAAAGUAUUCGUUUGCAGGCCCCGCUCAACAGGUUGCAGAGCUCGGUCGGUCAAGGCAACUGGGAUGAGAGGCUGAAUUCACCAGGUCGUCUUGCAUCUGGCGCUCGAAGAAUUCUGGUAACCUCUGUCUGA